CACACUCUUUAUUCACGCUUAUCAUCCCCUCCUAUUUAUACCCACACAAACACACACUUCCCUUGAACCAAAACCAGCCACAUCGACCUCUUUAACGAAACCAACACCUCAUUUCCCUCUCACUAAAGUUCACGCCCAACGCCCAUGGCGACGACCGACGUGAAAGUCAUCGGCGCGUGGCCGAGCCCGUUCGUGAUGAGGGCCCGGAUCGCGCUCAACAUCAAGUCCGUCGACUACGAGUUCCUCCAGGAGCAGUUCGGCGGCAAGAGCGAGCUCCUCCUGAAAUCAAACCCGGUCCACAAGAAGAUCCCGGUCCUGAUCCACGGCGACAAGCCCGUCUGCGAGUCCCUCGUCAUUGUCCAGUACGUCGACGAGGUUUGGGCCUCUGGCCCGGCGAUUCUUCCCUCUGAUCCUUAUGAUCGCGCCAUUGCUCGGUUUUGGGCUGCCUAUAUUGAUGAUAAGUGGUUCCCAUCACUGAGUGGAAUAGCCAGGGGUCCAACAGAGGAAGCCAAGAAGGCAGCACUGGAGCAAGUGGUCGAAGGCCUAGCCUUGCUAGAUGAUGCCUUUGUGAAAUGCAGCAAGGGCAAGGUCUUCUUCGGCGGUGACCGGAUCGGCUACCUCGACAUUGCUCUGGGUUGCUUCUUGGGAUGGGUCAGGGUUACUGAGAAGACGAGCCAUCUCAAACUGCUUGAUGAAUCCAAGACACCCCAUCUUGUCAAAUGGGCUGAGAGCUUCUGUGCUGAUGCUUCUGUGAAGGAUGUCAUGCCUGAAACUGAUAAGCUUGCUGAGUUUGCCAAGGCUCUCAUGGCCAAAUUCAAAGCACCUCCUCCAAGUUAAAGUAAGAUCCUUUAAAGGGGUGUUUAUUGUAGGUUUUUUUUUUGUGCUUUGUCGGGAUCCAUGUCGCCGUAGUUUAUGCUUUUGCUUAUGGGCAAAAUAGCUUAAAUAAGUUGAAAAUGGAAAGUAAUCAGGAAGCUUUUAUUUUGAUGGUUUUUAGGUUUGUUGGUAGCAAAAUCAGGUUUUACCCCAGUUUAUUGAGGCACCAAACACCUAGUUGGUUUUUUGUGCUUGUAGUAGUUGGGAAUAUGUUUUGGAGUUAAUGAUGUUAAACCCCUUUUGUCUGGUUCUAUUCGAGUAGUUAAACAUCGUGUGGUUGUUAGGAGUAA